AUGGCAGAGGAAGCUAAACGCUGGAGACAGGCAUCGCCCACUCAUUUACGUAGUAGGCUGGUCCAGUUUGUUUGGUCCGAAAAAUCGUCGGCAAACACGCAGCCUGUUGUGCUACACAUGAUGAGGCUUCCAUUGCUACGCGAUUGGCUCGCCAAUGCAAUAUAUACGCUUCUUUUGGGCGCCUCGUUAAUCUUGUAACUAGCAUUUACCCCUGGCACCCGUGUCGCAGGUGGGGUAGAAACUCUCAGUGACUCGAUACUCGUUACGUGUCCGUCGGAUUUCCAUCCACGGCAAACAAACUUACUUCGUUUUCCUCGAACGCACCCACGGCGGCAGCGGCAGCGGCCUCGACAACAACAACAGCAACGCCGCCUACAAAAUACGCACAGAGAACAAGUGAUGAAGAGU